AUGUUUUCAGGUCAAACUUUAUCACUAGUGACUCAAGAAUUACAACAACAAGCAGAUUUAGCAUCAUUAGCAAAACAAGUUGAACUGGCAAAAUCAAAAGCACAAGUAUUAUAUGAAGAAGUUUUAAAUGUAAUUAAAAGAACGCAAGAUGCAACUAUUCAAUCUGUUUCAAUUGAUGUUACACCAAUACCAAAAGAUUCAUGUCAAUUAAAAUUAUAUAAUACAUUGAAAGGUCAUCAAAAUAAGGUUGCCAAAAUAUGUUGGAAUUAUGAUAGUUCUAAAAUUUUAUCAGCUUCACAAGAUGGUUAUAUGAUUUUAUGGGAUGCUAUAACUGGUUAUAAAAAGCAAGCUAUUCAAUUAGAUAAUCCAUAUGUUUUAACUUGUAGUAUGUCACUGAAUGAAAAAUUAGUUGCAGGUGCUGGUUUAGAUAAUAUUUGUACAAUUUAUAAAAUAAAACCAGAUACUUCAAACGUACCAGUUGUAACAUCAUCAUCAAUAAACAAUAAAUAUAAUAUACAAAUGCAUGGAAAUUUUUAUCAAUCAAUUCAAUCUACAUUCAAAGGUCAUAGUGCAUAUAUUUCAGAAUGUGAAUUUAUUGGUAAUAAUUCAAUUGUAACAAGUAGUGGUGAUAUGACAUGUAUGUUAUGGGAUAUUACAAAAGGUUGUAAAUCUCGAGAUUUUAUAGAUCAUAUUGGUGAUGUUUUAACAAUGACAAUUUUCCCUCAAAAUAUAUUAAAUAAUAAUUUAUUUAUUAGUGGUAGUUCUGAUGGUUAUGCAAAAGUUUGGGAUUUAAGAUCUCCAACACCAACUCAAAAUUUUCAACCUUCAUCAAUUGAUGUAACUAGUUUAAAAGUAUUUCCUGAUGGUAAUGCAUUUGUAUUGGGUACUGAUGAUGGAUUAAUAAGAUUAUUUGAUUUAAGAUCAGAUUGUCAGUUAGGUCAAUAUAAUUUAAAUCAAGAAUUAAGAAAUAAUCAAAAUAUUAUUAAUACUUCACAUAAGGUACUUCAAUCACCAAAAGAUUAUAGAAAUUGUGGUUAUCAAAAACAACCAUUAUCAAGUACAACAGAAAAAUCAUUUGAUAAAGUUAGUUUAAAUAGUAUGAUAUCAAAUUUUGAAAAUCAAGGUGUUUUUUCAUUAGAUUUUGGUAAAAGUGGUAGAUUUUUAUAUUCGUGUUAUUCCGAAUUUGGUUGUGUUGUUUGGGAUACUUUAAAAAAUGAAAUUAUUGGAAGUAUUGGUAGUGAUCAUUCAGAUAAAAUUAAUAAAGUAGCAGUUAGUCCAGAUGGUAUUGGAUUAGCUACUGGAUCAUGGGAUUCUACAAUUAAAGUAUGGUCUGUAUAA